UCUGGCCACACUAGUUAACAUACACUGCGAAUAUUCUAGAUUUUAAGCGAAUUUUUCAUACAUUUGAAGAUUCUAAACAAUUUGAUAAAUGGAACAGUGUUAUAACAGAGGCUGUGGCCAACUCUUUGAUCCGGCGACCAACAACGAUGAAUCUUGCCGGCACCAUCCGGGCGAACCCUUCUUCCACGACGCGUACAAAGGUUGGGGCUGCUGCAACAAGAAGUCUGUGGACUUCACCGAGUUCCUCAACAUCAAGGGUUGCACGCUGGCCAAGCACUCGAAUGUCAAGCCUCCAGAGCCAGAGAAACCAGUCAAGACGGAGUCCGACAAGGACGAAGUGAUCGAGGUGCGAGCUCCCAUUCGGGAAUCUCUGCCACGGCCGCCCAUCGAAUCCCCGCUGAGUGUCAUUCAGCCAACGGUGGCUCCCGCCUUAAAAGAUCUCGUUUUCGCGGCAAAAGUGCCGGUGGUAGAGAAGUCAAGCGACACGAUCGAAGUGGGUACCAGUUGCAAGAACAACGGCUGCUCGUACUCCUUUACAGACACCAGCAGCGACUAUGGGGAGUGCACCUACCACCCAGGAGUGCCCAUCUUCCACGAGGGCCUUAAGUUCUGGUCCUGCUGCCAGAAACGCACCUCGGACUUUGCUCAGUUUAUGGCGCAGAAGGGAUGUGUCUACGGUCAGCAUAAAUGGGUGAAAGAUAACGAUGAUAAAAAAGUUGUGCAGUGCCGCUACGAUUGGCACCAAACGGCCACAAACGUGGUGGUGGCCAUUUAUGCCAAAAAGUAUGACUACACGCAGAGCCUGGUGGAGAUCAAUCCCAUAAGGCUACAUGUCAACCUGGUUUUUCCCGAGCAGGAAAACGCCAGGUUUGAUUUGGACUUAGAACUACGCGGCAUUGUCAAUGUAAGCAAAGCCAGCGCUCACAUGUACGGCACAAAAGUAGAGGUCACUUUGCCCAAACUGGAGCCCGGUUCUUGGUCUAACCUGAACUUCCCCAAUAAGAAACUGCCAGCGGCCAAAAAGAGCCAGGAAGAAAAGCCAAAGCAGGAGGAGAGCGACGAGGAGUUCUUCGACCUGGAUGACAUCCAAACGGUGACCAGCCAUGGCCUCAGGCUUUCGGAUUUGAGCUUGCAAAACCAAAACAACUUAGAUUAAUAAAGUGUUGGCAUUUAAUGUUAUUUACAAUACACACGAAUAUGCCUUUGA